UUUCAUUGGGUAUUCCGUUAGUUCACAAGAUAUGUAAAUUUUCUGUUUUUUCGUUCUCAAAAUUUUCAAACUUUUUUGUAAUUUUAUUGUCUAAUAAUUAAGAAAGAAACGAAAAAUAGUGGAUAUAAAUUAUUUGUGUGUGUAUUUAUGAAAUUUUAGUCGAGUCUUCAGCAUGCCUGCCAAAGUCACCACCCUUGAACAGAUCGUCCGUUACAAGCGGAAGAAAAAGCUCUACAAUAUGACGCCCUUGUUUCUUUACAAUUACUACAAACAUCGCUGUCGCGUCAAGAAUGCCAAAAAAUACGUGGAUGAUUCGCCACCGAUUUUGCACUUAACAAAUAUAAUGAAUCUGAAGAAUAAUUACCUCGACAUGUCGGCCAUUUCGGAUAUUAUGCGCACGAAUACCGAAAUUUUGGAAUAUUUCGGACGAAUGCAAAUUUUGGGCCGCAAGGGCUCUUGGAAUGAUUCUUUCGAUGCGCAAUGGCGCUAUUCACGUAUGGCCUCUAUGCUCAGAUCUUUGGAAGCUAUUGAGAAAGAGAAUCACUUCAUAGCGAAACGUGUGCUGAGCGCGCAAAAAAUUGUGAAUACUAAUUUGAGACCACUCUCAGCGAGUUAUGCUGACUUUCGUACCCCCAAAGAGAUCUUAAGCAAAUACAAAUCCGAAAUUAUCUUAGCUCCUAGAUGCUCCGAACAACGUUUACUGCUGCGUCCAAUUGUUUACUUUGACUUGGAAGUUGUUAGUCUCUAUCCUAUCGGCCGUUUUAUCGUACAACUUUACACCGAAGCAUUCCCACAAGCUGUACUCGCAAUGGUGCGUACGUGUCACUUACAAAAAUUACAUAGGCUUAAAUUAAUACGCGCCUUUCCCAAUCUUUGGGCCGAAUUCGAACUUAAACUAGAUCCGAAAGACAUGGACUUGACUAAAGAAUCGCACAUCGAAUAUGAUAGGCGUGCGUUGAAACAGAACUUAAGUUCAGGUAUAUUAUCCUUCUCACUCAAGCAUAUUGCUACAUUGCGUAAGGGUAUUUUAAGUUUUUCGCUGAGCUUUAGACCGCUGUCAGUGGAGAUGAAGGAUCGUGUGGCUUUCGGUGCUUUGAUCAGAGGCAAGCGUGGUCUCUAUUUGCUGGAGAGUAACGGCACUAAGCAUGGCAAACCGAUGAAGAGAGUUAUUGCAACGGCGAUGGGUAUAAAUCCAGGAGAGUCCUCUACAUAGUACAACAAGUGUUUUAAGGAUAGAUUUUUGGUACUCAGAUUACUAUGUUCUUAUGUCAUCUCUCUCUCACUAAGGUUUGUUGAAGCGUAUCUUUUAAGGGCGGUGAAGGUUAAAUUGAAUUUGUGAAAUGCAGUUUAAUUCUUGUUUUUGGAAUAAGUUUUAAAUUAUUUUAAGCAUAACCAAAAUUGUAUUGUAUUUAAGCUAAGACUAAAUUUGAUGUCAGCUCGUGUAUUGAAAUUCUAUAGAGACGAAUAUACAAUCUAUAGCAAAGUACUUAAUAAAAG